AUCGAUUUGUGUGAUUCUUUGUUGCUCACCCAGACAGGAAGUGGCCGUACCCUAGAAACAUGAACAAAUCGAGCGAAAAAAGUAUACACGAAAUGUUGAAAAACACUCCGUCCAUGAACGAUAGCACCGACGUCGUGCAUUCCGGGUCCGAGCAGCAAACAAUCAAGCACUCGACCACGCUAACCCUGCGCAACGUAAGCAAUCACAGCUUAACGUCGCCGACGUCCGUCAGUCUGGAGGACGAAUCGGCGUACAUCAAGAACGGAUCGUCCAAGCUCGAUACGUUCCGUAACUGGAGCAUUACCACGUACAAAUGCACCAAACAGAUCAUGCUGGAAAAGUUGGGCAAAUCGACCCGCACAGUCGAUCUCGAGCUGGAAGCACAAAUCGAUCAGCUGAAGGAAACACAGAAGAAAUAUUUAAGCAUAUUACGUUUGUCGCGUGCAUUCACGUCCCACUUUUACAACUGCAUGCAAACGCAGAGCCUGCUGUCGGAAACGUUUGCCGAUCUGGCACAGAAAAGUCCGGAACUGCAGGAAGAGUUUCUGCGAAAUGCCGAAACGCAGCGAAUUUUAACGAAAAAUGGCGAGCUGCUGUUGAACGCGCUGAACUUUUUCAUAUCGUCCAUAAAUACACUGUGCAAUAAGACCAUCGAUGACACACUAAUCACCAUUAGACAGUACGAGUUGGCCCGCGUAGAGUACGAUGCUUACCGGGUGGAUAUGGAGCAGCAGCGAACGGGUGGCAGUGAACCGCAGCAGAAGUAUUCCAACGAUGAGGUACAGAAAAAGUACGAAAAAUGUAAGGACCAGUACGAGAAGCUACGCUCGGACAUUGUAGUAAAGAUGCAAUUCCUCGAAGAAAAUAGAAUUAAAGUUAUGCACAAACAGUUGCUGCUCUUCCACAACGCUAUAGCCGCAUAUUUUGCUGGUAAUGCUAACGGUUUAGAAAAGACGCUACAACAAUUCAACAUCAGUUUGAAGAGUCCGAACUCCGUUACCAGUUCGUGGUUGGAGCAAUAGGAUGCAUUGUCAUCGCCCCAGCACAUCACCAGUAAUAGCGGAUCGAUGAAUUAUCAUUGUCACUUAAAGUAUUUAAACUGAAUGUGAUCUUC